CCCACUGAGUUUGGGACAACAGAUCGACUGGCGGUGAACAUCAGGGAGAGACUGGCCACUACUUUGACAGCAACUGAUCCAUGAUGAUGGACGCUGGCAUGGACCUGCUCCACAGCUCUGGGGUGGAACUGGUGCAGUAUCUACAGCUGAACUACAGGGACUCCCAGAGCUGGUUCACCUUUAUCUCCUUCGCUGCCGACCUGAGAAACACUUUCUUUGUUUUCUUCCCCAUCUGGUUCCACCUGUGUGAGGCGGUGGGGGUCAAACUCAUCUGGGUGGCCGUCAUCGGGGACUGGCUCAACCUCAUCUUUAAAUGGAUAUUAUUUGGCCAGAGACCUUACUGGUGGGUUCAUGAAACUUCCUAUUAUGGCAACUCAUCUGUCCCUGUGCUCGAACAGUAUCCCAUCACCUGUGAAACUGGGCCAGGAAGCCCCUCUGGCCACGCGAUGGGAUCGGCUGGAGUUUGGUACGUGAUGGUGUCAGCGUUUUUAGCCUCUGUGUUUCGGAAGAAGCAGCAGGGUGCCCGGCGAGGAUGGGCCCGUGCUGGACUAUGGACAAUAUUCUGGGCGAUUCAGUUCUGUGUCUGCUUAUCAAGAGUAUUUGUGGCCACACACUUCCCUCAUCAAGUCUUCCUCGGAGUGCUGUCAGGAAUGGUUGUGGCGGAGGUGUUUGGCCGGAUUAAUGCGAUCUACAACGCAAGCUUCAAGAGGUAUCUUCAGAUCACCCUCUUCCUCUUCUCCUUCGCUCUGGGCUUCUACCUGCUGUUGAAAGUGCUGGGCGUCGACCUGCUGUGGUCGCUGGAGAAAGCCCAGAGAUGGUGCGCCCGGGCUGAGUGGGUCCACAUUAACACCACCCCCUUCGCCGGGCUGGUCAGGAACAUGGGAGCCUUGUUCGGACUGGGAUUAGCUCUGAACUCACCCAUUUACGCGGAGAGCUGCAAAGGAAAGAGAGGCCAGCAGCUCAGCUUCAGAAUAAGUUGCAUUGUGGCCUCCUUGAUCGUCCUGCACCUGUUCGACUCGAUGAAGCCCCCGACGCAAACGGAAUUCCUAUUUUAUUUCCUGUCCUUCUGCAAAAGUGCUGCCGUGCCUCUGACAGCUGCUGCUUUUGUUCCAUUCUGUGUGUCACAGCUUGUGAACAGACAGGACAAGAAGCUUCUGUAGAUUUCUGUGGUGAGACAUAGUCACUGGUGAUAAGGGGACCUUGAGAAAUCAGCACACUGUUAACAACUUUGUGUGGAAUACACCAGAAAUGUGUCAGUUUUCUAUUCAAAGCUCACUUUCAUUAUUUUUUUUUACUGAGGUACUUACUGUAAGGAAAAUAAUAUGAAACGAAGCGUGACUGAUGUUUGCAAGGAAAUGAUUCGUGUGUGUGUUACCUGGAGGUGAUAGUUGUUGAACAUGAAGGAGACAAAAGGUUAAUCCUUUACUGUCUCAGAGACAAUGCAGCAUUUCAAAUAAUACUUUAACAUCUCUAUUGAACUGACAGACAAACGCUCUGAAUAUGUUCUAAAAUUAUUAUUGUUUUAAACUUAAAAAUGGAAAGUAUUUGGAUCUUUUUAACUCUCUCUGUCUUUGGGAGCAGACCACACAAGUUUAGUUUCCACACAGUUUAUAUUAAAUCACUAAUUCACCAGUUGUCUCAACCACACAUUACUGGGCAUGUGAUGAAAUUAUUUUAA